UGUGAUAAACUUAUUAAAUAGACCGGAUGAUGAAGAUCUAGAUGACUUUUUGGGCUACUUCUUCCAAAGACCAUCUCCGAACAAGUUUAGCUCGAGGUUUGCCAAGAUUCGCCUCUCUGCUCAAAUUUUCAUUUUCCAUGAGGUGAAAAUGAAGUUUGAAGAGUUCGAUAAGAACGAAGAUUUGGAGCGUGUUUGCUUUGAAAAGGAGCUUGAAGAGAUGGGCUCUACAAGCAGGCGACGUGGGAGUCAACAGAACAGAUCUUCACAAGCGCAGAUGAGUGGGGCUACUCAUGAAUGCAACGUGUGUGGCAAGAUCUUUCAAAGAAUGGCAACAUUGGAAAUACACAUGCGAACUCACACAGGAGAGAAACCAUUUGCAUGUGGAAUGUGUGAGAAGAAAUUUAGUCAAGUAAGUAGUCUUCGAUUGCACGAAAGAACCCACACUGGAGAGAAACCAUUUGCUUGUGUCUUGUGCGAUAAGAAAUUCAGUCAACUAGGUAGUCUUAGAGUACACUUAAGAGUGCACACUGGCGAGCGACCUUAUUCGUGUGGUACAUGUGGAGAAACGUUUGCCCUACUUCAAUAUCUGCAUCGACACAGGGAUACCCAUAGUGGAGAAAAGCAAUUCGCAUGUGAUGAUUGUGGCAAACGAUUCUUUAGGAGAAGUGACCUUGAACGACAUAUGCGAACCCACACAGGAGAGAAAUCAGUUGCAUGUGGAAUAUGUGAGAAGAAAUUCAGUCAACAAAGUAGUCUUAGAGUACAUUUAAGAGUGCACACUGGCGAGCGACCUUAUUCGUGUGGUACAUGUGGAGAAAGAUAUAUAUCAAGUUCAAGUCUCAGGAAACACAGGAGAGAUGUUCACUUUGAUGAUGAGAGUGGAGGAGGGAAGGCAAAGAAAUUCGCAUGUGAUGUUUGUGGGCGAAGAUUUGCGUGGAGAAGUUGUCUUGAGAGACAUCAGCGCAUUCACACUGCAGAGAGGCCUUACUCAUGUGAACAAUGUGGCAAGAGCUUCGCUCAGUCAGGUACUCUUAAUGCACACAUGCAUACUCACACUGGCGUGAAGCCAUUCCAAUGUCACAUCUGCCAGCGCACAUUUGCUCAAUCCGGAACUCUACGAAACCACUUGUUAGGAAUUCACAAAGAAAGCAUCAAGUCCGAGAAUAAACCAUUCACGAUGAGGCAUCGCCACGAAGCAGGCUUAACACAGCUUGUUCCAUGCUCCUCGCGGGAGGCGGCCUUUACCGCUGAGUCUGUUUGCGUAGAAGAGUCGCCAUUGCACAUUCCAAAACUAGAACCGGGUUUCCAAAUCAAUCCGAUCGUAUCAAUCGAGCAAACCGAACUCCAAAACAACCUGCCUUGUUCAAUAAAUACUACAAAAACCGAAAGUUAUCACGAUAUAGUCGUUGACUCGGUCACCUCUAUUGCCGAAAAAGAAUAUCCAGUCAAAUCGGAAAUAUAGAAGUCAUAGCUUGCUUGCAAGCUGUUUGACCUAUAAACUCAGCAACUAUUUCCAAUAUAGUUUCAGUAACUGCUUUUGUGUUGUAUUUUUGUUGUCAAGUUCGAGUUGGAAAACUGAAUCUCUGACGUUGAUAUUUUUAUAUUGCCGCAAAUUUUUAUUAAAGUAAUUUUAUUUUCA